AUGUGUAGUGAUCAGUUGCCGCUUUCACUGUGGUGCUGUGCUCCAGCAGAGCCUACAAUCUCAUGUGUAGUGAUCAGUUGCCGCUUUCACUGUGGUGCUGUCUUUCAUAUGUGCAAAGAGGAUGAUCAUAAACUCCUGUGUCCUCUGGAAGAGGUCUCAUGCCUUAACUCUAUUUAUGGUUGCCCUUUUACAAUGGCCCGUUUUAAGGUGGCAAAACAUCUCCAAGUUUGCCCUGCCAGCAUAGUUUCCUGUUCUAUGGAAUGGAACCGUUGGCCGUGCGCAGAUUCUGAAGCCAUUCUGCAUGAGAAUAUUAUGAAGCAACAGUCGAAGGAAGAGUGCCUGGAUGUGGCGAUAGCUCUGAGAGAUCAGGCAGUUCUCUUUAAAGCACUCAAAAUGGCCGAGCUCUUCCCAGAAUGCAGAGAGACUUGUACCCAGGAAGAAACAACAACUGAUCUUGACUAUUUUGAAGAAAUAGCUAUUGGAGGAAGAGCUGAGCAGACCACAGCAAAUGAAGAUGAGGCAGCUGUGCUUACCCAGCAGGAUCGUGAGAAUCUGGCAAAAGAUAAAGAAGGGAUGGAUUUGAUUGGUUACAAAUCCUGGGAAAAUAUGUUUAGUAAAGAAUUUAGGGCUUGCCAAGUAGCAGACCUGUCGACUGACCAUACAAAAAAUGCAUCUGAAAGCGGAUCUCUGCAUAGAGAAUGUGCUUCUGGUAGCCCUGUGGAAGAAACUAGCAGUACAGGAGGCACUGAAGAAACCGAAACCCCUCAAAUCAAUUUAGCAGCUGAAAAAACAGGCUUGGCUCCUUGGCAAGAUGGAGUACUGGAGAGGCUGAGAAAAGAGGUUCCUGUUGGGGAGUAUAACAUGUACUUGGUGCACCAUGGAAGGAUGCUCAUUCAUUUUGGUCAGAUAGCUGCUUGCACCCCCAGAGAAAAAGACUUUGUAUAUGGAAACCUGGAAGUUCAGGAACUGAAGACUGAGACCACCUUCAGACCACCACUUAGUUAUUGUGGCAAAAGAGCAAAGCUUGGGGAUCCUGUGGCACAAAAAAAGCCAAGUAAGAGCAUAUCCCUGGAUACUUCAGAGUUGGACAUAGAUCUUGAAGAACUUCCCAAAUCAAAUGAAAUAAAAACUACACUGUUGUGUGCCCUUGAGAAGGAACUAAAAGGCCAUGAGAUAUCUAAAAUGAAGUCUAUUGAUGCCUUAUAUGUGGAUAUUGGGACUCAAACAUACAACUUUGCUGCCCAACCUUUCUCUUCAAGAGCUGUUCUAGCAGAUAUUUUAGAUACAAAAGACCCGCUGGAUCUCCAUUUACAGCUUCACAGUGAGAGUGUAACCCAAAGGUACAACAAAAGCAGCUCUGCAUUUACAUUCUCUUGCAACCACUUUUUUAGGAGAGAUGAGUUCUCUUCACAUUUCAAGAAUGUUCAUGCUGAUAUCGAGUCCUGCCUAAAUGGGUGGUUCCAGCGUCGCUGUCCACUUGCCUAUCUGGGGUGCACUUUUGUUCAAUAUCCUUGGCACCCUUCUGGGCAAAAGGCAAGUGUUAUCUACAACCCACACCUUAUGACAUUUGCUGUCAAGCCAGAGAUUGAUCCUAUGCUCUCAGAAGCAAAGAAAAGCAACUUUAUCAGAAAUAAACAAAGGAAAGAAAGGAUUGUUCUAACCAGUCUUCCCUUGGAGAUUCUGAAGUAUAUUGCUGGAUUUUUGGAUAGUGUUAGCUUGUCCCAGCUGGCCCAGGUAUCAGUACAGAUGAGGGACAUCUGUGCUACUCUGCUGCAUGAGAGAGGAAUGGUUUUUCUGCUAUGGAAAAAGAAGAGAUAUUCUCAUGGAAGCACAUCUUGGAGAGUCUGCGGAAAGGCAAGUGCUGGGGGUACUGAAAAGGGCAGAAGAAUUAGCCAAAUAGGAGGAUUGAUCGAUAUUUACAUUGGGUUCUAAGUUAAUAGAUAUUUUUAGCAUUACAAAGUAAUUUUAAUUGAGCAUGCACAUACUGUAGUUUAAACAAUCCUGUGACAAGCAGAAUUGCACAAUCAUAGGAUUUGACCUAAACAUUUCAAAUCAAGGGUCUCAGGAUCACCAAAUGACAGAUUUCAGAAUGAUUGGCAAGAAUCAUAGGCAGCUGACUUUCUCUGAUUUUCAUGCUUUUGUGUUUUUACUCCAUAACUGAUGAAUUUUGCAAGCCAAGUACUAGCACAGUCAGGUUCUGCCCACAACUCAUGAGGUGAUCCUCUCUAUGUAACACUAGACUCCAAGCUCCAUUUUCUGUCUCAGUGACAAAUAGAUAUAUAUUGCUUAACUGUGGUACAGUAGGCUAGUAACAAUUAAAUGUAAGUGAACUACACUAAGAAAGGAAAUAAAUAUGAUAGGGCACUCAGACCAAAUAUAUAAUGGCUAGAUAAAUGAACUUAACCCAAUCUAAGAGCCUUGGCUUAUUAGCUGUAUACAGUCAUAUUCUGAUGAACAGCUUGGCAACUUGAAUGUUAGCCCCCAUCCUCAUGAUUCAGGCUUAAUUUCUUCUCCAAGCAGACUUAUCCCACUGUUUUCCAUAGCACAAAACCCAGAGUAGAGUGAAAGAAGUCAGGAUAAUGCACAAUUAUGUCAGCAGUUCUUUCAAUCAGCACAGCAAGGGUUGGAGUCCAUUAGAGAUCAUGAGUAAAGAAAGGCUCUAAAUGAAACAUGUGUUUUCUAUUCCUGAGAAAGGUAAUCAAGAAAAUAGUGGCCACAGAACUCCAUAUGAAUCUGGACAGGCUUCUGUUCAGAAUAUGAUACUGACGGUGUUUGGUGGAUGACCUAUACUGGAUAGGUGGAUAGGGUGU